GCAGCCUGGAAUGUGCCAAUCGGCAGCAUUCCCCUACGGACAUCUCGCAGUGCUGGGAGACCAACAAGUUUUGGGCAGACCAAAGGGCGUCUUUCACUGAGUUGAUGACCUUCCAGCAGCAGUUGAUGUCCAGCUCUGUGUGUGUCCCAGGGAACAGCCCAUAGAUCAGAGAAUCCUCUGUUACGCAGCUGCUGGGGAUGAAACGUGACAGGCAUCUUUCACCACACCCUCCUCGCUAACCCAUAGCCUGCAAAGAGGUGGGCAACUGUCUCGUUCCCAGUGCAGUCCUCCCAGGGGCAGCGCAUGCUGGGAGUGAUGUUUCCACCAUGCAGGAAGGAUCUGACUGGGAAGGCCCCUCUCACUGCCAGGUCUUGGUUCUUGUUGUUUAUCACCUUACUGCCACGCUUUGAAGGUUGGUGCCAAAUCCAGAAAUUCCAAUGACUACCAAUUUGGAAGAUGAAGUCGCUCCCAACCUGCGGAUGCGGAAAUACAGCUAUCGUGUGGACCGGCAGGUCAUGGAUGAGAUGGAACUGGAAAGAGUGGCACAUCCAACAGAAAGAACUGGUCCAUCAAUAAAGGAAAAGGUGAAGGAACACCUGAGAUGUUCAAGCACCAAAGCCCAAUCCUUACUGUUCAAGUUAGUACCAAUACUCCGCUGGCUGCCCAAGUAUCCUUUCCGGGAAUGGUUAUUAGGCGACAUCUGCUCUGGAUUCAGUGUUGGAAUUGUGCAGUUACCGCAGAGUAUGGCUUAUGCCCUUUUGGCAGCUGUUCCCCCCGUGUAUGGUCUCUAUACAUCUUUUUUCCCUGUGCUUGUGUACUUUAUAUUCGGGACAUCCAGACAUGUUUCAGUGGGGUCUUUUGCAGUACUGAGUGUUAUGUUGGGAACCAUAACAGAGAGGAUGGCCCCAGACGAGAACUUUCUGAUCAGUUCUGCAAACGAUACAAAUGGAACUAUGAUUGACACCGUGGCACGAGAUUUGAUGAGAGUGAAAGUGGCAAGCAUGGUUACCUUCCUUUCUGGCAUCUUUCAAAUCCUGCUGGGGCUGAUACAAUUCGGAUUUGUUGUCACGUACCUUUCCGAUCCUCUCGUCAGAGGGUACACCACAGGGGCAGCAGUCCAUGUGCUGGUGUCGCAACUGAAGUAUGUGUUUGGCAUCGCUGUUCCCAGAAGGGAAGGACCCCUCUCGCUAAUCUAUACUUUAAUCGAUGUGUUCAAAGCAAUACACUUGACAAAUAUUGGCACCCUGGUUGUCGGCAUUAUUGCCAUGUCCACCAUGUUGGGAGUGAAGGUGUUAAAUGACUGUUUCAAAUCUAAGUUGCCAAUACCAAUUCCUAUUGAACUAAUUGAGGUGAUAAUUGCCACAGUGAUUGCAUCGAAUGUCGACCUGACUGGAAAAUAUGGAAUAGAAGUUGUUGGCGAUAUUCCUAAAGGUUUGAAAGCCCCAGUUGUACCUGACUUCAGCCUUGCCUCCAGCCUCCCAGGAAAUGCAUUUGCCUUGGCCAUUGUAGGGUACGGCAUCACAAUAUCUUUGGGCAAGAUCUUCGCACUCAAGCAUGGGUACGAGGUGGACAGCAAUCAGGAGCUGAUAGCACUGGGCCUCAGCAACUUUGUGGGAGGAUUUUUCCAAUGCUUUGCUGUGAGUUGCUCUAUGUCCAGGAGCCUGGUUCAAGAAACCACAGGAGGGAACACACAGCUGGCUUCUGCCGUGUCUUGCACUGUUAUGUUGGUGAUCAUUCUGGAGAUUGGAUCCCUGUUUAGCCGCCUACCGAAGGCUGUUCUCGCAUCUAUCGUCAUUGUCAACCUCAAAGGGAUGUUUAAACAGAUCACUGAUAUUUGCCACUUUUGGAGGACUAACAAAAUUGAUCUGGUGGUUUGGAUCGUCACUCUGAUCUUUACGGUACUCUUAGGUAUGGAUAUUGGACUUGUCGCCUCCAUAGCUUUUGCAUUGCUAACUGUGAUCUUCCAGACACAGCUACCCAAAUAUUCAAUCCUGGGACAAGUUUCAGAUACUGAUAUCUACCGAGACAUCAACCAGUUUGAUGAGGCAAAAGAAAUUCCAGGAAUCAAAAUCUUCCAAUCAUCUGCAACCAUAUACUUUGCCAACGCCGAGUUGUAUGAAAAGACACUGAGGCAGAUGUCUGGAAUUAAUGUUGCUCGUUUAAUAUCAAAAAAGAAGAAAAGAAUCACGAAACUCAAACAGCAGAUGAAAAAACAGGAAAAAAAGGACAAGAAGAAAGCCAAGAAAAAUGAGAAGAAAUUUAAAGGUCUUGAAUCAGCAACAGGUGACCUUGCCGUCAUCUCUGGGAAUUUUGACAAUGACAAUUCCAUCAGCUUAGAAAUGGACUCAGGCCAUGAGUCACCAUCUAAAGUUAACAAGAAGCCAGAGGAAUACAAUCUAGAGUCUCUUGGGCUUCAGAAACCAGAGGUGCAUUCCAUUAUACUUGACCUUACUCCUGUCAACUUUGUGGACAGUGUCUGCAUCAAGAUUUUGAAAAAUAUUUUCCGAGAUUUCAAGGAGAUUGAGGUUGAUGUGUACCUGGCAGGAUGUCACUGGGCAAUCAUCCAGCAGUUUAAACAAGGAGAUUUCUUUGGGAAAAGCAUCAGCAAAUCCCAGCUUUUUACCACUGUGCAUGAUGCUGUUACAUACUGUCUGAUGAAGCACAAUCCAUCUACUGAGCAGGCUCUUUGUAUGAAUGGAUGCCUCUCACUACCACCAUCACAGGAGCAGGAGCCAGAGACAGAGCCGAGCACUGCCAGUGGAGCAAGCACAAAAUUUUAAUACUUGAAGAUUGGUGCAGGAAUAUAACACCAACCUAUUUUGGAAGGAAGUGACAAAAACUAAGGAAAACAGAAGAUUUUCAUUCUUCCAGUGUUUUUUUUUAAAGAAAAACAUCUCAAACUGACACAUUCUGAGUUCUAUGGUAAAGAAAAAUGAGGAAGGAUCAUGAAGAAAACUGUGAAAAACAUUUUCAACAUGAACACUAUGUAACUUCAAGAUCAUGUAAAAGAUUGUGGUGAACAUUUCACCUCUGGAACUUGAGCAGAUCAGACCCAGAGAAAACAGUCUCAUUCCUCUGUUUUCCUGCUUUAUUCUAACCACCCCUCGAAUUCUCUUUCUCUCUCAAGCUUCUUCCUAAAUAGAACUGAUUUGAUCAGGCCCCUAGACAUGAUGUAGAGUGAAGACUUUCUUUUCUAACUUCUGUUUAAUCUUUUUCAAGCAGCAUCUCUCAUAAUUACUCUACCUGUGCCCCAGUCCUACAGUAAAUCUUUCCUUUUAGAUGACACUUUCUGGAUGGGGCAAUCUUAAAUCAGAAUCACUGAAUGGUCUAGGAGACUGGUGGUUCAUUUUCAGGAACUUUCUCAUAUCAAAGAUAUCCUUUGUCUGAUCAGAGACAUUGUCAGUCACAUGAGGUCCCAUAAGUUCUUUCAUCUGGGUGGUAAACUAAGGGGAUUUAAGCACAGGCUGGAGAUGGACGAGCUGCGUCACAUCGUGCUAAAUGGAAAUUUGACAGCAAAAUGGAAAUAAUUUAUUCUAAAAGCCUAACAAGUUGCAGAUAAACCCAUCAAUUGUUCAUAAUAUCCAACAUCCUCAUAUAGUAGCCAAGAAAUGAAUGUUCCACAGAUAAACUUUUAAUAGUCUUAAUGAACACUGAAAAAUAAAAUUGCAUUGAGGUACAUUGCCGUUCCUAAUGUUUGACUAUAGUUAAUACCAUAAGUAAGUACAGAUUUCAUUUUUAAAGAGUGUUUUGCGAAACCAUGAUAUUUUCUUUGAAUGUUUUAUAACAAGGAGGAAAACAAGUAGCCCUUUCAUAUCUGAUAUUUUUUUCCAAUUAUUAAACUAUGCCACAGAAACGUAUAUUUAGAAAUUAACCUAUAUUUUCUUAAUGUUUGCAUCUAAUUAUUUGCUUAUAUAAAUGUACAAUGUCAAAAUUAAAUGUUCCAAUUGAUUACCAAAGUAGAUUGC